AUGUGGAUUCUACCUUUGGUAGGAUACUUGGGGGUGGUCGUCGGCUUUGCCUUCCUCACCCUAGCCAUCGCAUCGGGGCUGUACUAUCUCUCCGAGCUCGUAGAGGAACACACCGUCCUCGCCCGCCGAUUACUGGGCCGUCUUAUAUACACCAUCAUCGGCAUCCAAGUCCUGCUCGUGCUUUUCGAUCGAUUCCCCAUCUCGCUCUCCCUCCUCAGCAUCGGCUCGCACCUAGUUUACGCCAGCAACCUGCGCCGCUUCCCAAUUGUCAAAUUGACCGAUCCACUCUUCGUUCUUUCUUGCGUGCUGGUCCUUCUCAACCAUUGGCUCUGGUUCCGCCACUUUUCGAAGCCGUUCCCCGCCUCCCGGCGCAAUGAGGGUAACUGGCGCCAGCCGUAUCAGGUUGAUUACGAAGCUAUGCCCUCGUUCUCCGAGGUGGCCUCAUAUUUUGGGCUGUGCGUCUGGCUGGUUCCCUUCGCGCUAUUCGUCAGUCUAAGCGCAGGCGAGAAUGUUCUGCCCAGCAUGGGCUCGGAAUAUGCUACUGGAGAGCAUACCUCAUCCGGGCUCGGUCACAGCAGUGCCGAUGGUAAGGCGAAGAAUAAGGGUAUGGCCAAGGCCUUGGUGGACAAUGUGCGGGACUGGGCUCGGGAAAAUGGCGAGCUCAUGGGUUUCUGGCGGGGCGAGCGCACAAGGCGGUUUUAA